AUGAUGCAAGCCAAGAAGAUCAAGUACGACGUCAUCGGACUGACCGAGACGAGACGACGUCACUCUCUCAACGCCGUAUAUGAAACUGGAGAAGAAGUGUUCUUAGGAACAUGCGACAGUAGAGGUGUUGGUGGAGUUGGCGUCCUCGUCAACACGAGUAUGGCAAAGAACAUCGACUCUUUCGAACAACUUACGACCCGAACCGGACGUCUGCGGAUGAGAAGAUGUGGUCCAACACCAGCUUUGACUACCCUCGUCGCUUAUGCUCCAACAUAA